AUGGGCUCCAUAUUUACGUCGACUGCGAAGUUCACAGCACCUGUCGCCAAUGCUGCUCGUAUUCCAAUGAUCAAAUUCAUUGGCGCUCGACUGCCCAGACCUGAUUUUUCCCGGGUCGCUUCCGGUCCAAUUCCCUCGCCACCUAUUCCUACCACUGGAGCAGCGGCGUCCCCAUCAGGCGGAGGUGCUGUUGGAAAAACAUCUCGCGGACCUGCUAUUACCGAGGACGAACUCCCUCUUCAUUUCCGCCGUCCUCUCAUCGACCAAGAAGAAUGUGAUGCCAUAAACGCUGGCGGAGCGUACGGGUUGAAUUAA